CCCCCCCCCCCCCCCCCAAAUACAGAACAGAAAUAUUUAUCCAACGCUUCUGCCUUUUCUGCAUUAUUACUGAGUUUUACUGUUUCCAUCUAGCAAUUGACCAAUACUAUUGUCAGGAUUCUUUUUGCUAAUAUAUUUAAAAAAAACUUCUUACUAUCCUUAACUCUGCUGGCCAUAGAUUUCUCCUUGUGCUUCCCUUGUUGAUUUUCUACAGUUCCUUAGUUCUAAUUUAUAUACAUUACCAUCAGCUUCCCCUUUCUUCCAUUUAUUAUUUUCUAUAGCUCCCUUCACUAACUCCAACCCAGGUUGCUGCUUUUAACAAGCAAAGCCUUCCUGCCCCUUUGGCCUAGCAUUUGCAUGCAGCAUCACUAGUGAUGCACUUGUCUGUUGUGAUAGGCAGCGAGCUGUCAGUCCUUUGGGCCUUUUGAAAUGAUACGUGUUUAUCAGCUUCCAGCACCAUCCUUCAAAUGUGUUUUGUUCUUUGAUCAAGGAGUUGCUCUUUUCUUGUCUGUAAAGUGCCAUGCACGCACACGGUGCUGUAUAAAUAAUAAUAGUUACACAGUCAAUGCGGCUUCUUCCCAGCACCCAGAUUAUCUACAUACAUUAUUAGGACAUCUUUUUGUACCUUGCAAACUACACCAGCCCAAGCUCUCUCCCUCAGGGGUUAAGCAUAUAAGAGCGAUUUUAUACUGGGAAUGAAAGUCACAGCUAAGAGUGCUGUUCUAAUGUACUGCAAAUCAGCAAAGGAAAGGGUUAAUCUUAUGCUUGGCUUUCCCUUGACAUCAGCAGGGGUUUCCCAGCCCCUAUAGUCUUUUGUCCUAGUUGAUGAAAAACCACCUCUUUAAUUCCUCCUCCUCAUUUUUUACUCCUGGAACAGGAAAACAAAGUACAAGUAUUAAUAGGGGGAAAUUUGCAAGGGUAAGAGGCUGAGUCCGAACUGACCAGAGGAAUCUUUGAAGCCUCUAGCUCAGCGGUUCUCAAACUAUGGGUUGCGACCCCAUUUUAAUGGGGUCACCAGAGCCAGCGUUACACUCGCUGGGCCCCGCUGCUUGGGGCUGAAGCUGGAGGGCUUGAGCCUGGGGCAGCAGGGCUCUGCCCCCCCAACUCAACCCAGGGUGCGGGGGCUCAGGCUCUGGCCCCCUCCCACCUGGAGUCACGUAGUAAUUUUUGUUGUCAGAAGGGGGUCAUGGUGCAAUGAAGUUUGAGAACCACUGCCUAGCUUUCCAAAGGAAGCUGCAGAGCAGGGGAUGGGUCCUUAGCAGAAAAGCCUGGGAUCAAAAAUCGCAGAGUCACUGGAAUCUUUCCGGCCUCAGGGCCCAUGUUCUCCCCUGCAACCUUCCAAACUGCAGGACUGCAAAAGGGUUGGGUGCUCAGUGGAUGCAGUAACUCAGCAAAUGGGGUCUCGGGGAGCUGCUGUGCGGAGAUCCCCUUGUGAUCAAACCACUGCAGCACUGUUGAUUAUCUUACCUCCUUACUUGAAUGAAGUCCAGAGGCUUCCUUUGUCACCAGGAAUAUCACUGCUUGCCUCCACCUGGUAAAUAUAAGCGGAGUUUGCUGAGACUCUGAGACUGAGCUCUCAGCAGCGCUGGUCUCUGAGGUCUGGGGACUAAAGGAGAGGUCUGGAUGUGUCCGUGGGUGUUGCACCCCACAUCCCCAAGUUCUUUUUUCCAGCGUGUGUUUCAAGCAAGAAUCAAGAGUGGUUCUUUACGUCCAGCCUCUCAACCUUCUCGUGAAAAAUUCUCUUUCAACUAUGGGCAAAACGUUCUCCCAGUUCUGGAAGGUCUCUGACCUGAAGGAGAGGGGAGGGAAUUCGAUUCUGCGCAGGAAAUCGGCUGAUGAGGAUGAAGUCACCAAUUAUGGCACUAUCAAUGGAGGAGACUCUGCCGCAUCCUGCAUGCCCUGUGUGGGCACUGUGAGUCGGGGCUGCAUCAACUGCCCAACGUGCCAGGGAACGGGAAGGAUCCCCAGGGAGCAGGAGAAGCAGUUGGUGGCUCUGAUUCCAUAUGGUGACCAGAGGCUGAAGCCCAGACGAACGAAGCUCUAUGUGUCCCUUGCCGUGACGAUUUGCCUGCUGAUGUCAUCUCUCAUCAUAUUCUUCCUGUUCCCUCGCUCCAUUGCUGUGCAGCCCGCAGGGCUGAAUGCCUCCUCCAUUGCCUUUGAUUCCACCGUUCCCAGUAUCAAUCUCAACAUGACAAACGUGUUGAAUGUAACCAACAACAACUUCUACCCAGUCACUGUCACCCAGCUGGACAUUGAGGUCUUGCACCUGUCCGUGGUGAUAGGGAAAACCACCAAGAAGUACCUGCUGAAUAUCGGCCCUUUGCACAGCGGCCAGAUCUAUUAUGCAGUCUCCAGUAUUAUACGGGACUAUAGUACCUACAACAUCUGCACCUGGAUCAAAAUCAAAGUCCACAACGUUCUACUGCACAUACAGGGCACCCUGACCUGCUCGUACCUGUGCCACUCGGAGCAGCUGGCUUUUGAGAGCUACAAGUAUGUGGACUGUAGAGGGAAUGCGACGCUGCCUCACCCCCUGUACCACCGCCCACCAUGACGGGGUCACUGGACGGCGACAUUCUUCUAUCGCAAAGGCAAGUUGUACCAGGGACACAGCAACUCCAGGGGCUUCUCUUCCAAGCCACCGUGAUUUUAAACAGGACGUUUGGCUCUCCCUUGGGAUGAGAUGUUCAGUCUGCUGCUGUUUCCUGGUUACAGACUGAUAGAAUUUCAUGAACUUGGAACAUGCUGCUCUGAGUUUGCAAUUCCCAUUUGUAUCCUGUAUGGGGGUUGGCAUCAGCAGAGUGUGCACACUCUAUAGGGAAAUUGCUGUAUUAACUGAUUAAGAGAACUCUGCUAGGUUGUUAGCUGCCUUGUCCUGUGCAGUAUUUCACUAUUGCACUAGGGGAGGCAUUACCUGUUGGUCAAAUCAGCUCUCCUGCCAAAUAACAUUUUUGUGCCUGUGCCCUGUUGUGUGGGCGCUCUUGGCUGGAGAGCAUCUCCUAGUGAUUCUUGGAUAGCAAUCACACCCCGGCUCUGCGAAGCAGGGAGAAACCCAACUGAACUGACAUCUAAGAACCUCUGGCUCUUAAAUAACAAGCACUGAAUAAUGGGCUAAAACUCUGCCUGGUUUGCACCUAGAGGGGUAAGGGUGGUGUAGUGGAUGUUGGGCCAAGUUCCUCUACCAGGGAGGCUGGGUAAGUAUGUUCAUUCCCUGACUUUUCCUAAUCCUAUCAGAGGGAUUAUCUCGCAUGAAGGGUUGUGCAGUCCAGAUCGAUGCAGCAGCCACGGUCUAUCUUGUACCCAAAGUGAUCAAACUCUGCUGCAUCCUUGCAGCGUGGAGGGGGGGGAGGAGAGGGAUUGCUACUUCCCAGAUGGCAGAGGAAGGUGAGGGGCCCAUCAUGCAUUCUCCACACAGCACAUGCCAUUUUCUGGGGCACUCCCUUGUGGGCUCCUGUAUUAAGGAGUUUAACUUUAACGAGUGGCAGGAGUCUUACUUGGAUAAGAAAAGCUCUGUUCGUGCAAAUGCCAGGAAACAACAGUUGCCAUUUAUACCUAUUUGUAGCAUUUUCUAUGAGGGAAGGAGCCCUGGCCGCUCUUCCACCCUCUCUCCAGACCCUUGUACGGUACAGACUCAUUCUCUGUAGGAACAACUCAGGCAGAGGAUGCACACUCACGUUACUGCCUGCUAGACCCAUGGGCAUAAGCACCCUCCUUAGAUCCCAGCGUUGCUAAUGACUGGCACGUUCUGCCUGGAUGGAUGGAUGUAUAGAAAUUGCUGGGCAUAUGAUCUGACCCAGAGCAGCCCAGCAUUGCCCUAAACGCCUCUCCAGCCAGAUGGGACAUGGUGGGAAAAGCAACAUGCAUCAGAGUAGUUGGGAGAGGAAACCUUUGUGCCUCAGCAAAGAACUAAUCACCGUCCACAAGACCCCUGCCCCUGGGGUGGCACUCAGCAGAGACUCCAAGGAGCCUGACCUUCCUAGAGGUCCCAGCAGGGCAGUGUUCUAUAGCUUGCCUUUCAUCUACCUGCUCUGUGGAUCCAGAGGUCCAGUCUCCAGGGCUCCCAAACUAGCACAUUUCAGCAGAGGCAUGUUAAUCAUUAAGUGUCUUUUCCUGAUCGUUUAUAUGUUCCAUUAAGGUUGCCAUGGAUUAAAUCCCUGCCUGAGGCAGGGGUGAGGAAGCACCUUGUGUUCUGAAAGCGUCUCUGGUCUGUUGACUCUUGUCCUUUUCCAUCAUCUCUCACUGUAUGUUUGUAUUCGCUGUGUUGUUGCACCUGCUCUGCUAUUCUCUUCUCGCUGUCUCUGCCCCUGGCACAGUCGUUGAGAGCUGGCUGUGCCUGUGUUAUAUGCCUGCAUCAGUCUGUUCACAAAUAAAAAGGGCUUC